UUAAAUUUAAUGGUUUAAGUGCGGGGCAUUCUGAGAUGUUUAUUCGCGAUCUUCAGAUUUUUGUGUUAAUUGUAUUCUUCGAUGAAAUGGCAAUAUGAAGCGCAGGGCUGAGGCAGUGCUCGAGAGGAUUCAUCUGAAGAGCAUUAAAAUUAGAGAACAAUUAUGGCCUUCACCUGGACACCAAUCAAUCCCUCGAAAUAUGGAGAGACGACGUGCUACGGAGAUUAGUCGCACUCAGCGACGUAUCAAGGCCUCCAGUACGCCAACACUACUCGAUCACGAUGAAAGUCAUCAGUGGUCCAUAGACGACGGCCAUCAGUCCCACGAAGAAACGUCAAGAAGACGAGACUUGGGCACUGAGCAUCCCCUGGUCGAGGCGACAAUCCCCUUAGUUCGACAUCCGAGACUUCAGGAUGCCACUGGUUCCUCAAAUUCCCAGAGUACGGAAACCCCGUCUUAUCGUUCUCGUGACAAUUCCCAGCAGGAGAGCGUUCUCCAGAAGUUUCGUAAAAGUUUUUCCCUUCGUUUUCACAAACGAGGGAGUAAGGAGGGGAGCACCGAGGGCGAUGGCCAGUCAAUCGCACAACUACCACCGGCUCUACCUCCAGAUGAUGAGGCCGACUCUGCUGCAUUGCGGGGUCUGAGCAUUGAACAAGAGCGGGAGAACGAUCCGCCGGAGUAUCAGCAGGCACAGCAGAAGGAGGAGUUCGGAGGGGAUCAGAAAUUUCGAUUCGGACCCCUCGUCUGGCGUUCCAGCAAGGAACGAAAGAAACAUAACAAGGCAGCACGCAAUGCCAAAUGCAACAGCGGAGACAGUGGUAUUCAAAUUGAGAUGGUAUCUGGCGGAGCGUCGACUGGGGGCUGCGGAGGCGGAACGAACAUUGGCGAUAGUUCAGAGUCGCACGACACCGAUCCGCCGGACGAGACCGACAGUCCGCCGGCAUUGCGGCGUCGAGUCAAUGAAAAAUAUCGACCCCAGUCAGAGCUCAUCAACCAGAUACUCAUCGAUAAGUUGAAGGCGGACUUGCAGCAGAGUCGCAGCACUCGUCACUACAACGUGCGUAGAACGAACAGUGAUCUAGGGGGUCAGAGACUUCUCCAGUGGGACACACGCGGCUACGGUAGUGCCCUUCAGUACAGGAGAAUGCUGUCAACCCCGUCUCCCAUAAAGACGCGACCACCUAGGCUCAGCCCGAGACAUUCCUCCCACGACAUCGUUACGCUCAGAAGUAACGCAAAAGGGAGAAACUCUCGAACGAAUCUGAGACGUUCGCUGAGUCAACCACUGGGAAUAAAUCAACUGUCACCACUAAUGCGCACCAAAACUGCAGGUGCGAGAUUUCCUGGUGGUAAUGUCCUCUCGGAGGACGAACACGACCUGAGAUGUGGAGGAAGCGGUGGUAUUGGUAUUGGAACGUCUGAUGAUGAAAUGAUGUCGGACUCGGAGUCAUCGAUCGCUUCGCUGACAGAGAGGAAGAAGUCUUUUGAGCAGGCUAUGGACGAGGAAAUAGCCAUACUUGCUGAGGCUGUCUGGGAUCACGUGGCUAUUGAACCUGAGGAGCUUGCGUUCCGGGCUGGGGAUCUUAUUGAUGUGCUUGACACACUUGAUAAGGACUGGUGGUGGGGCAGUUGCCGGGGCGAACACGGAUGGUUUCCUGCCGCAUUCGUUAGGUUAAGAGUCAGCCAAGACGAAACAGUGGAGGAUCGUCUGGCAGCAAUGGUAUCAGGAGCUGAUUCAACCCAAUCCCGCAGACGUACAAGCAUCUCAUUGCUCUCGAACGAGCAGGUGAGGAGUAGUGUUGUUCGUGAACUAGUCCAAACUGAAAGGGAUUUCGUGAAAGUCCUGAGGGACGUGGCGGAGGGGUACGUUGCAGAGUGUCGCAGGCGCGUGGACAUGUUCACCGAGGAUCAGAUCGACACGAUAUUCAUAAAUAUUGAGGAUCUGCUGGAGUUUCAGUCCGAGUUUUUGAAGGAUCUGGAGGCACGCAUCGACUGGAGUGCACCGCACAAAAGCUGUGUAGCUGAGUGUUUUCUUAUUCAUAGAAACGGUUUUCGAAUGUACUCGGAAUACUGCAACAGUCAUCCAAUGGCAAUGGUAACUCUGCAGGAGCUCUACCGUCACAACCGUUACAGCAAAUUUUUCGAAGCCUGUCGACUGAUGCGUGGCCUCAUAGAAAUUCCCCUGGACGGUUAUCUACUGACACCCGUCCAGAGGAUCUGCAAGUAUCCCCUGCAGCUAGCUGAACUCCUCAAGUACACAAAAACCGAGCAUCCCGAUUAUCACAAGAUACGAGAGGCUCUCGAUGCUAUGCGAGCAGUCGCCGUACUGAUAAACGAGAGGAAAAGACGUAUGGAGAGUCUGGAGAAACUAGCCGCUUGGCAACUCCGACUCGAGGGAUGGGAGGGCGAAGACCUUAUCGAGGUGUCUUCACAAUUGAUCUACCAGGGUGAUGCUGUAAGAGUUACAACUGGAAUGUGGACAAACAACAUAACUCUUUUCUUGUUUGACCACCAGCUGGUUUAUUGCAAAAAGGAUAUUUUGAAGAGGGAUACUUAUAUCUACAAGGGACGUAUUUAUCUGGAUACUAGUGAGGUCAUUGAUGUUCCUGAUGGCAAAGAUCACCAGCUUGGCGUCACAGUGAGACACUGCCUGAAAGUCUACAGCUGUGUCCGAGACAAGUGGCUGCUCUUCUGCUGCCGAUCAGCCGAGGAAAAGCGUAAAUGGCUAGCAGCAAUGGCAGAAGAGCGUCGACUAGUCGAGCAAGAUCGCAACGAGGGUCUCGAAUUUCCAGCAGCAGCUCGACAACUGGCGCGCCUAGCAGCAACCAGACAACAGCGCUGCAGACCCCCAAUGAAGCCCAGAAAUAAAACGUACAAGCACGAGGCCUACGAGAUGCCAGUGUUCCAAUCGAAUUCAUCAAAUUCACUAGGCCGUAAAGUUGGCACUUGGUUCACAUUUGGCAAUAAAAAAGGCACGAGAAUGCGGCCCUCCUGAGCCAGGCCCACCUUCGUGCCAUACAUUGACUUGUGAUUGGAUUAUUAAGCAUUAAUUAAUCGUCUGGGGCACGAGGGUCAUGAUUAUCUCAAUAUAAACCCUAGGGAAUUCCAAACUACGUCGAAUUUAAUGAGUAUUGUUGCCAGAUGCAGCACAUUGUAGACGUGUGAGCACAAUUGUUGUUGAUUAUAAAUAGUCAUUGAAUUAAUUAUAGUCUGAUAACUACUCUAAUGCAACGACAUCAACCAACGCCAAAGCCGCUUGUGAAAACAUUUCCAGGAGUUUGUAGAAUCUCUAGGUGAUUCGAUGAUUUUAGUCGAGAAAAAUUUGUGACAAUAGAGACAUUGAGGCGGUACAGAUCUUCAUUAGGUAGAUAUUUUAGUAGUGAAGCAAAAUGUAAAGGUAAUACAUUGAUGGUUGUACUUAAUAUAACAUAAUCAGUUUAAUGGAAAUGUAACGUCAACGAAAUGCAAAUUUGUUUUAUGAGAAAACUUCCGAGAUCAUCUUUCAAAGACUGAGGGCAAAGUUGAAGGGAACUACAUGAUAGGAAUUUUAUGUGGGGAGAUAUUCCAUCCUAACUAUCGACUGCCUGUUACUUCUGCGCAAUAAUACAGCACCGAAUAUUAUUAUGAGGAGUGGAGAGUCACCCGAACGCUCUAUCAGUCACAGCACAAAAUGCUUUAGCUGUAGUGAUGGGACACUAUGAUUUCCUUGGGCGUAAUUUGGGAAGAAGGGGUUCAAUGGAAAAUUUAGAUGAUUCUGUGAGGAUUCCUGCGGAUAUUCAGUGGAGUUUUCAGGUGAAGUCAAUGAAUUUGUUCGUACACAGAAGUUUUUGCUAUGAAAUUGACGAUUUUUGAGUGAAAGUCAAUCAGCCACUGCCAGUUUUAAAGAAUCAUUAGGAUGAAUUGGGGAGGAGAGGGGGAGGAAUGAUAAAUUAUAGCGGUAGGGAGGGUCUAUUCAGUAGGGGCAUAUUAUUUAAAAGGCACAUUAUAUUUUCUAUAGAGGUUGUGAACGACUGUUUAAAGAUAUCGUGGUUAAUCGAGCAUUUUGGAUAAUCCUACAUAGACACGCACAUCUUUUUACGAGAAAUAUAAAGGGUAUUAUAGUUUGACGUAAAUGAUUAGGUGAAUGCUUACUUCACUCAGGUGGUAACAGAAUAACAGAGAAGGGUAUGGGGAGCAUUGAUAUUUCUCGAAUUAUUCUUCAGCAACUGUAAAAAUAAUGAGAAAAACGUACUAGUAGAUUAAAGAGACGACAAUAUAAUUGAUUGAGUAGUGAAUUUCUUUCUUAUUAAGUAAGAAAUGUAUAAAUAGGUUUUAAUGUUGGGGAUCAGGAGUUGGAGGCUAAUUACGUACAAUAUUUGUUGCUGAACACAACUCUUUUCAGAGUUAUUUUUAUAGAUGAAAUUGUUGUAUUGGAUGUGGGGGAUUGACAUCUUCCGAGGAUUAUGGGGAGGUGUAUUUAUUGGCGUAGGUGGGGGAUUGAGUGGAAGUUUUUUAUUGGCGAAUGUGAAAAGUGAAUUGAAAAUAUCAGACUCGUGGUUUUUCGUUUUUAUGACUGAUGGAAAAUUAAUGAGUCUGAAACUUAUUCAUUUCUCAUUAUUCCUCGAAAUUGAAUGUCACAUGUCUGAUAUUUUUUGUCCAGUCUUCAUAUUCCAUUUUAUCCAAUAAAAUAAUUUCACGUAAUAACCCGAUGCAGAGGAUUUCCUCCUCAGAAUGAGAAUUAUUUAUUCUGGGAGAUAUUGAUAAUGCCGGUAAUAAUUAUUAUAUCGAUAAAGAGAUGAGUGGAUGACACUAGAAUUGUUGUGAAGUUAAAAAUUCACGGGGAGUCCAAACCAUAUCUUAUUUGGAAACCAGAAUUCAAGAGGUGAAUUACAAUGAAUGACACAAAAAAAUGAAUAAAAAAUUGAAAAUGGAGAAAAAAAUAUCACCAAUUGAUUUUGACAUGACCUAAUCAGUUAUCCCUGAAAUGCACACGUGCAGUUCUGUGUAAAUAUUGGUUAAAUGUAUUGGAUAGUUGUAAAUAAGAGUAGUAAUUCGUAGAAUUGAAAUAGAUACAUUCGACCAGCCUAUCUAAUGUGAGUGUGAGAGCACCUUACUCAUUAUUAGAAACUAAACAGGACUUUUCCUUCGACUGUUUCGUUCCAUAUGUUGUUGAGACAAAGUUAUCGGUUGUCCGGAAUUAUUUAUGUAUACAUGUGGAAUGGAGAAUUUGUUCGAUUGUUUGCCCUUACGAUGUACAGUUUAAUCAUUUGAAUAUGGCAUUAUUAUUGUUAAAAGAUAAUUGUUUUCAUAUUGGAGAGGAAAAUAUAUAGUAUAUAUUUACACACAGACACACAUGAUAUAUACUGAGUUACAUAUGUGUAAAUAAACAUUUUAUAAU